AUGAGGAAAUUCAAUAACUUCAUUUCUUGGCAUAAACUUAUUGAUCUCCCCCUUCUUGGUGCUUCCUUAACUUGGACAAACAAUCAAGUUCAAUCUAUCAGAAGCAGAAUUGACAGAUUACUCAUUUCAGUGUCUUGGGAGUGUAUGUUUCCUAAUGUUAUUCAGCAAUCCCUUGCUAGACCUUGCUCAGAUCAUAAUCCAAUUGCUCUGUGUUGUGAAGGUGUCAAGCAUGGUCCUCCACCUUUCCACUGUGAGUAUUACUGGAUUUCUCAUCCCAAUUUUGUUUCAAUUGUUAGAGAUUUGUGGUCUUCUUUCACUGUUUCUGGAAGUGUAGGUUUUGUUUUCUGCAAGAAAUUACAAAUUCUUAAGAUUAAGCUUAAAGAAUGGAUCAAAACUGAAUUUGGUGAUAUUGAUAGAAGAUUGGAGGAGCUGGAAGCUGUUUUUAUGGAUUUGGAUGUUGAAGAAAAUGAAAAUAAUGGUCUCUCUGAGGAGCAAUGGGAAGAAAGGUUUAAAGCAAGACAAGAAUAUUGUAAGCUUACUAUCAAUAAAGCUGAAAAGUUGAGAAGCAGAUCAAGAGUGACUCACAUAAAAGAUUUUGUGAACAACACCAAAUACUUUCACAUGAUAUCUAAUGAUAAAAGGAGGAGAAGCUAUAUUGGUUCCAUCAAGGUAAAUGGCACUCUUACUUCUGAUGAGUCUGAGAUUAAGAAUGGCAUUGUCUUUUUUUUUCAAAAUAUUUUUCAAUCUCAAAAUUCUAGAAAUGUUACUAUGGAGGAUCUAAAUCUUAAGAAAGAUACUUUGGAGGAAAUUAAAGAUCUAAGACCAAUAAGCUUAGUUCAUGGUGCAUACAAGAUCGUCUCCAAAAUUCUGGCUGAGAGAUUUAAAAAAUGUCUACCUGAUAUUAUCUCUUCAAACCAAACAACUUUCGUUAGUAGACAAAUUCUAGAUGAUGUUUUAAUUGCCAAUGAGUUGAUUAAUUCUAGAAUUAGAAGUGGGAAACCUGGAAUUCUGUGUAAGAUUGACUUUGAGAAAGCCUUUGAUCAUGUAAAUUGGGACUUUCUUGAUGAAAUUUUCAGUUUAAUGGGUUUUGGUGCUAAAUGGAGGGGUUGGAUUAGGAUAUAUGCAGAUGUGGAGCAAGUUAAAAAUCUUAGACUAGUUUUGCUUUCCUUUGAAUUACUCACAUGCUUGAAGAUUAAUUUUGCUAAAAUCCAACUUUAUGGUGUUUCUUUUGAUGGAGAUUUAUCUGUUUUUUCUUCAAUUAUUGGUUGUUACAAUGGUGUUCUUCCUACAACCUAUCUGGGUCUUCCUUUGGGAGAUAGAAGUGGUGGUAUUGAAAGAUUUAUUUCAAAGCUAGCUAGAUGGAAAAAAGUUUUACUUUCUAAAGCAGGGAAAAUCACUCUUGUUAACAGUGUUCUUUCUCGUCUGCCUGUGUACUUCAUGUCAUUAUUUGAGAUGCCUUCUUCUGUUGUUAAGAAGCUUGAUAAGAUUAUGAGGAACUUUCUUUGGCAUGAUAAUAAAGAUAAAAGGAAGAUUCAUCCAGUAAAGUGGGUUGUUUUAAGCAGGAGAAAAAAAUGUGGUGGUCUGGGAAUUAAAAAUUUGCAGAAAUUUAAUCAGGCUCUUCUUUCUAAAUGGUCUUGGAGGUAUGCAGUGGAAGAAAAUGCUCUUUGGAAAUCCAUUACUACCGAGAAAUAUGGUGUUGGGGAAGUUUUUUGGGUCACAAAGAUGCCUAAAUGCUCAUAUGGUACUUCUGUCUGGAAAUCUAUCAUGAAAUGCAACUCAAUUUUUACCAGGUAUGUGAAGUUCAAAGUUAAUAAUGGUUCUAGAACCAGAUUUUGGAUUGACAAUUGGCUGUAUGACCAUCCUAUUAAAACUUGCUAUCCAAACUUGUUUGCUAUAACAAGAGGCAAAGGUUUAACUGUUGCAGAAAUGAGUGUUGUCUCUGGUAAUAUUAUCUCUUGGAACUUUAAAUUACCUAACAUAAUCAAUGCUGCAGCAAGAGUGGAGUUAAACUUGUUUACUACUGAUCUUGCUUCCUUCAACUUUGAGCAAAACAUUGAGGAUGAAUUGUGA